CAGCACUUGUAGCACCACUACAUAGCAACAUGUUGGCCUCAAGUCUUCGACGCGGCUUCACGCCGGUGGCGGCCCAGGGCGUGCGCGCUCUGUCCAGCACCCGCAGCGCCAUGAGCGGUUAUGGUUUUGACCUCACCGAGGAACAGGCCGAGUUUCAGCAGCUCGCACGCAAGUUUGCUCGUGAGGAGGUCCUGCCCCAAGCACCUGAACUCGAUCGCACUGGUGAAUACCCCUGGGAGCUGAUCAAGCAAGCCCACGGCCUUGGCCUCCUCAACUUGCACAUUCCCGAGGCCUACGGUGGCAUGGGCCUCCACUCGCUGGACGGUGCCAUCAUCACCGAGGAAAUCUCGUGGGCUUGCUCGGGUGUGCAGACCGCCAUGGAGGCCAACGGUUUGGCCGAAAUGCCCGUCAUCCUCGCCGCCAACGAUGAGCAGAAGAAAAAGUACCUUGGCCGCAUGACUGAGGAACCCCUUGUGGCCAGCUACGGCGUCACCGAGCCCAUUGCUGGAUCCGACGUUGCCGGCAUCAAGACCACCGCCGUCAAGAAGGGCGACGACUACGUCCUCAACGGCAACAAGAUGUGGAUCACCAAUGCAGGCCACGCCAACUGGUUCUUUGUCUUGGCCAAGACCGACCCGAAUGCCAAGGCCAGCAAGGCCUUUACGGGCUUUAUCGUCGAUGGUGACUCGGCCGGUCUGACUCGAGGCCGCAAGGAAAUCAACAUGGGCCAGCGCGCCAGCGAUACUCGUGGUGUCACUUUCGAAGACGUUGUCGUUCCCGCCGCCAACCGUCUCGGUGCCGAGGGCGAUGGCUUCAAGAUUGCCAUGGGCGCUUUCGAUCGCACUCGUCCCCCGGUUGCCGCCGGCGCCGUUGGUCUCGCCCAGCGUGCGCUUGAUGAGGCCACCGCUUAUGCCAAGGACCGCAAGGCCUUUGGUCGCCCCAUUGCUGACAACCAGGCCGUUGCUUUCAUGCUCGCGGAUAUGGCCAUCGGUGUUGAGACGGCACGCCUUAUCACCCGCCGUGCGGCUUGGGAGGUCGACCAGGGUCGCCGCAACACCUAUUAUGCCUCGAUUGCCAAGGCCUUUGCCGCCGAUGUUGCCAACAAGAACGCUACCGAUGCCGUCCAGGUCUUUGGCGGUAACGGCUACAACUCUGAUUACCCUGUUGAGAAGCUCAUGCGUGACGCCAAGAUCUACCAGAUUUACGAGGGUACCGCCCAGAUCCAGCGCGUUAUCAUCUCCCGCGAACUGCUUACCCGCGAGUAAGAAGUUUGCAAACGAUGUUCGGAAUUGAUUUUACUCUCGG